UUUCCCUUAAUUGGAACAUCUGUGACGACCACCAGAUGUCAAACGAACUUCUGAGUUCCGCUCUCAUCUCUCUUGCUUUUCUCUGUAUUCUCUAUGCAUCUUUUGGUGUUACAGUUGAAGGGCGGAUUUUAGGGCUCAAGUCGAACUCGGAAUCAGAUGAUUCUCUUGUUUAUUUAUGGCCUCUGCCUUCACAAUUCAGCUAUGGCAACGCUACCAUCUCCGUUGAUCCCGGUCUUUCGCUCGAAGUCGGAGGUAAUGGCGGAGACUCCUCCAUUAUCCGAGAGGCGUUUCAGAGGUAUAGAGAGAUUAUAUUUAAACACAGUUCCGGAGGGAAAACUGUAUAUGAUCUUAGCAAGAUUAGAAUCCUUGUAGAGUCGGACAAUGAAACGCUUCAUCUGGGUGUGGACGAGAGCUAUUCUCUAUAUGUAGCCAAACAAGAUGGUCUUUCAAUCUUUGGUGAUGCCACAAUUGAGGCAAAUACUGUUUAUGGGGCAUUGCGCGGGUUAGAGACAUUUAGCCAACUAUGUAGUUUCAACUAUGGAACUAAAAGUGUCGAAGUACACAUGGCACCUUGGUUAAUCCGAGAUGAACCAAGAUUUGUAUUUCGUGGGCUUCUUCUUGAUACCUCAAGGCACUAUCUACCUAUUAGUGUAAUCAAACAAGUAAUUGAGUCAAUGUCUUAUGCUAAACUUAAUGUUCUUCAUUGGCACAUCAUAGACGAGCAGUCAUUUCCUCUGGAAAUACCUUCUUACCCAAAUUUGUGGAAAGGUGCAUAUUCAAAGUGGGAGCGAUACACUGUUGAGGAUGCUCUUGAAAUUGUCGAGUUUGCAAAAAUGCGAGGGAUCAAUGUUAUGGCAGAGAUAGAUGUCCCUGGUCAUGGAGAAUCAUGGGGUGCUGGAUAUCCUGAUCUUUGGCCAUCUCCUUCCUGCCAUGAGCCACUGGAUGUCUCAAAUAAUUUUACUUUUGAUGUGGUUUCCGGAAUUUUGGCAGAUAUGAGGAAAAUUUUUCCAUUUGAGCUUUUCCACUUGGGAGGCGAUGAGGUUAAUACAGAUUGUUGGAGCUCCACCCCACAUGUGAAGCAGUGGCUUCAAAUGCACAACAUGACUGCCAAAGAUGCAUAUCAAUACUUUGUCCUGAGAGCUCAGGGGAUAGCAAUUGCAAAAAAUUGGACCCCUGUCAACUGGGAAGAAACAUUCAACACAUUCCAGGCAAAUCUUCAUCCCGAGACAGUGGUGCAUAACUGGUUGGGCCCGGGAGUCUGUCCGCGGGCUGUUGCAAAAGGUUUCAGAUGCAUUUACAGUAACCAAGGUGUAUGGUAUCUUGAUCAUCUAGAUAUCCCUUGGGAGGGUUUUUAUAACAGUGAACCUCUUGAAGGAAUAGAUGAUGCUUCAGCGCAAAAACUUGUGCUUGGUGGAGAAGUGUGCAUGUGGGGCGAGACAGCUGACACCUCAGACGUUCAGCAGACAAUUUGGCCUCGUGCUGCUGCAGCUGCCGAGCGCAUGUGGAGCAGAAGGGAGGCCACCUCUGCAGGAAAUAUAAAUGGAACAGUUUUACCAAGGUUGCAAUACUUCAGAUGCUUGCUGAAUAGACGUGAAAUUCCAGCCGCACCAGUCAAAAGUGACUUGGCACGGAGACCUCCAAUCGGUCCUGGUUCAUGUUACGAGCAGUAACCCGAAUGCAUUUUAGGUAAUUUAAUACAUCAGAAACUACAAUUCUUUUUAUUACUCAACUUGACUCAUGAAUCAUAGUCUCGACUACUUCGGGUUGGCUACAUGAAUCCUGUUAUUCCAUUCAUGCUAUGUACAUUUAAAAUUAAAGUUUUUGAGACACUGAAAGAAGUCAAUAAAAAUCUGAAUGUUGUU